UCCCAGAUGGGAAGAGCUCCUCCUCCCGUUCCUCUCUUUACCGGAUUGGACCUGCACAUUCACGGCACCGUCACUGCGUGAGAAAGAGGGGGCUGGUCCGAAGCUCCUGAUCCUCAGUCUGACCGGACAGGCGAAAAACACGUUGGGGUUUCCAGAACAAAAGCGGACGUCGGACUAAACAGACCAGCUGAAGUGGCGUAUCUACACACGGCCUCGUGGGACAUUAAAGCGUCUGCAGCUGUGUGAGAACUCUGAUGGCGACGCACAGUGACCAUGACCUAAAAGUUAUCACUCCAAGAGGGGUGCUGUCCAAGAGACAAGACGGGAACCUCGGCAGUCCACGGCACCAGAAGUCACCCCAACACCACAACUCCAUUGGAAAAGAACCUCUGAGCCCCUCCAAUCGCAAGCCGCGAGAGGGCAACGGCAGUGCGGCGGCGAGCUUCAGCACCAAUCAUAACUCCGUAAUAUGUCUUCCACUGGUAUCUGAAGGACUGAAGCUGGUGUGGACCCAGUCGGAUCAAACGCGUGAGCUGGAUUCCAUACCCGAGCUGGUACAGGCCUUCAACGUCUUUCCCUACCCGACAUCUCAAGAGGUCAGCACCCUGGCCCGCGUGUGUGCUCUUCCACUCGAUAAAGUCAAAGUCUGGUUCAUGGUACAGCGCAUCAAGUAUGGCAUCAGCUGGGCGUCUGAGGAUAUUGAAGAGACGCGGCUCAAGCUGGCCAGGCCACAACUUAUCAGCGAGACUGAACACAAGGAAAGCAGGGCAAAGAGAAAAAACGAAUCUGAUGAUCUUAAAGAAAUGGACGGGAUGCCCGUCGAUCACGUAGAAGAUCUAACAAACAGUCCACAGAUGCCUCACAAAAGACAUAAAAUUGAAAGCCCGCAACCAACAAAGCUCUCUCCUGCUGCUUUACGGUUUCGUUCAUCUCUUCCCGCUCCUCAGGAUUCAUACUACUACCGCCAACCGGUGGAAGUGUCCGAAACACCUCAAUCUGCCACUCCGCCGACUCCGGUGGUGUCUUCUGUUGGAUCUGAGCAGCCACGGCACAGCCGCUACAAAAAGUCUAAAGCCCAGUUAGCUGCCUUGCGUAAAAGUUUCCUCCGGGAGAACUGGCCGGAUGAGUCUGAGCUCCAACGGCUACAAGAGGAGACGGGCCUAACCCGUAAUGAUAUUCGUAAAUGGUUCAGCGACAGUCGGUACCAGCUGCGAAACGGUAGGGGGUCUUCGGGCUUGACGUCCUUGCAUGCUUCUAAAGGAGCAAAUGAAACCACGUCCAGUCCAUCGUCUCAGGAGGUUCAGCCUCUUUCCCUCACCACUAAAAAGCUGAAAACCACACAGCACACCAAGGCAAGCGAAAGCAAGGAAAAGGCUCAUUUGAAGGGGGCGCGAAAAAAUCGGACAAAGGACUCUCAGUUUUUCCAGCUAUUCCUGUCGAACACUCUUGAGGCGUUUGAAGAAGGAGCACCGGGAUUAGAUGUGAAAAGAUUCCAGGAAGAAGGUGAUAUUCCGAAUAACGAUGAAGUCAGAAGUGAAGUGGACAGUGAGAGACAGUGUAUGACGCCUCCAGAGCCGGCUGCGACUCCCACUCCAUCCCCCUCUGUAACCCCAUCUAAAAAACAGUCAGUCAGGCCCCAGUCAUUGAAAUCGGCCUGCUCUGUCAAAGCAAACACCUCAACCAACUCUCCACAACCCUUAGACCAGUCUUCACCGUUAGUGUUAACAGCAGCUGGCCGACCAAGAAAAACAAAGGAGCAGUUGGCAAUGUUGAAAGACUUCUUCCAGCGCUGCCCGUGGCCAAAGAGCGAAGAGUACACGCAGAUAGUGGAACUAACGUCAUUGCCUCGUGCUGAUGUCAUCCAGUGGUUCGGGGACACGCGCUAUGCCGUAAAAAACGGCCAUGUACGUUGGGUGCACGCUGACGUACGAGACCAAGUGCUUGCAGAGAUAGCGUUGACACAAAGUGGAGGGACUGCUGUUGAUUCCAGUGGAACUUCAGGAAGUGACGGCAGCAGAAAACGCAAGUCACAAGGAAACACUACACCAAAAAUGCAGAAGUCAGCAAUAGAUUCGACAGACUUCAGUCCUCUGGAGCUGUAUUAUCGGCAGAUUGGACCGCUGCAGGAGAAAGACCUUGACACGCUCUGCCGAAAGUCAAAAAUGAGCUACCAACAGGUGCGAGACUGGUUUGCCUCCAAGGACAGUAAUACACUGGACACAGAGCUUAAUGUUAUUGACUGAUCAUAUUAAAACUGUGUACUCAUGUAGCUUGUCUGUCAAUCUGCUGUGAGUUCUUUACAAGGGUUGGAAAACCGUAUUAACUGUAUUAAAUUUCUCCAGUUUCAUGCAAUCCUCUCCUCUUCGAUCAUGUUAAAAAGUAGAUUUCUGUAGCAUCAGGUUAAAUUUGAUCAGUUAUUCAAGUGGCAGUAUUAAACAUGCAGACUUUUGCUCAAUUAUUUGACUCAAUUCACCAAAAAAUAUUUUUCUUGUGGUGUAUACACUGGCUGAUGUUAGUUAUGAUGUUGAUAUGUUUUUUUUGUGAAAUCUCUUAUAGCUUUAAUUGCUGCUUUUUAGAACGGACACGAUACACAAACAAGUUACUUGAUUUGAGAAUCCUGGUCCCCCAUUUGGACAUUUUGUUUAGUUGGACCAGUUACUUUAGAGUGCAUUGAUGGAGCUCAUUUUGUAAUCUUUAAUUUGUAGUAAAUGCAUACGGCGCUGUGUAACAGUUCCCUCCUAAACAGAUUAACCUUAAGUUUACAAAACUCUAUUCAUUAACAUUCCGCACUUACGUGAGUUUUUCCUAUUGAUCAAUUUCUCUGGUCUUUUUACUUUGUUGUGAAUAAGCAUUUCAAUAAAACCGUUCCCUAGUCUAACACAAAUAAAAACUAAAUAAAAAUGUAUAAAUGCGAGCAAUAUUGAAAUAAUGCAAACCAAGGUAAUAGGUAUAUUCAGUAUGUUAGGGAAAGUACAUUUCUUGACAUGCAAUAUAUUUGUAGAAUUAUGAAACUACAAUCUUUGUUGUAUCAGUUUUACAGCGAUUAAACUCGACCAUAAAACACUUGCUAUUUCUAACUAGACAGUAAAUGAUAAAAGGUUUAUUUGUCAAGACACCAUCAUCUUUCUGUUCACAAUGUUUGUUUCUCUAUUGUUUGAAAAUAAACGUGAAUGAAACUC